UUACAUAAACUCUCUCAAACACAAAAGCACCAUCAUGGCUCUCAUCACUUUCCAACUUGUUCAACAUGCAUUCCCUUUCUACUUCGUCUCUCUCUCACUUCUCUUCUCCAUUUUUCUGCUCACUCCUUCCUCUUGCUUCGCCCCCAGAAAGUUCCUUAAUUCAUCUCUUUCUUACUCCCCUUCUGGUUCUGAUUGGUCUCCGGCCGAGGCCACUUGGUACGGUAGCCCCACCGGCGCCGGAAGUGAUGGGGGUGCAUGCGGAUAUGGUGGUGCUGUGGACCAAGCUCCAUUUUCGUCGAUGAUAUCGGCGGGAGGGCCUCCUCUGUAUGAAUCAGGAAAAGGCUGCGGAGCUUGCUAUGAGGUGAAGUGCACUGGGAAUCCCGCCUGCUCCGGCAACCCGGUGGAGGUGGUGAUCACCGACGAGUGCCCCGGCUGUGGCGGAGCCGACAAAGUUCACUUCGAUUUGAGCGGCACGGCCUUCGGCGCUAUGGCUGUUUCAGGUCAGGCUCAGAAGCUACGAGAUGCUGGCAUUUUGCAGAUUCAACACAGAAGGGUUAAAUGCAACUAUCGUGGCACGUCACUAGCGUUCCACGUGGACUCAGGCUCCAACGCCAACUACUUCGCAUGUUUGGUAGAGUACGAGGACGGAGACGGAGACCUGGCCAAGGUGGAACUGAAGGAGGCACUGGAUUCUGCCACGUGGACGCCCAUGCAACAGUCUUGGGGCGCCGUCUGGAAGCUCAACGCCGGCGCGCCCCUCAAAGCCCCCUUCUCCCUCCGUCUGACCACCGUCGAGUCCGGUCGCACUCUGGUGGCCGAUCAUGUCAUCCCCGCCGGUUGGACCCCCGGCCAGACUUACCGAUCACCGGUCAAUUUCCAGGCCUAGCUAUACAUAGCUAGCCGAUCAUUAUCAGGAAGAAAAUACGAAAAAAGUAGUGUGACGUAAGAAAUGAAAGAGGGAAUGUUAUUCUUUCAUUUCGAUCCACUCUUUUUCUUAUUUAGUUAUUUUAUUAUCGUCGCUCUUAAUUACAUCUGAAAGUCAGAUAGUGUCGGUGGAUUUUUGUGAGGGACUAUUCUAGUCAUAUUUAGGAUCUAGCUAGCUGGUUGGUAACCCUAUGGAUCCUGAUCAUGAAGUACCGGGCUUAUAUCGAAAUGUCUUAUCAUGUAAAACUACAUAUAUAAUGAAGCGCGAUAGCUCAUUAUUGUUA